UCGUUUUUUCCCCUCUGGCUGAGCCAGUUGCAUCUGAAAUCAGAGUGGCCGGAGGAGGGACACGGUAGUGAACUGGGGUUGGGGGGCAGGAAGGGUGGGCGCUGCAUGGCUGUGAUGCAGCUAGUGGUGGACCUGGACGUUUGGGAAGAAAAGAGUGAGGACCAGAGUGGGACGGCUGUGAGCGGCGGUUCGAAUUUUAUGUGAACGAACAAUAAUCACCAGGGUCUUUGUGAUUACAUCGGACUCUCAGGAUAAUCCAGAAUAAUCUCCCUGUUUUAAGAAUAAUUUCACCCUUGGGAAUUAUUCUCAGUGGUGCUCUGUGCAUUCUCUGAGGGCCAAGCAAAGGAGUGGACAGCUGUGUGGCCUGGGAGAUGAGAGGGGCAUGGCACGAAAGCUACUGGAAUGCAGUCUCAGUGACAAGCUGUGUGUUGUCCGGGAGCAGCAGUAUGAGAUCAUCAUCAUCCCAACCAUUCUGGUUGGCACCUUCCUUAUCCUUCUUGCAGUCAUCCUGUGGCUUUUUAUCAGAGGACAAAGAGCUCAACAACAGUCUCCUGGACUCCGAGGCAUUGCCCCUGUGCCUCCAUCUAGGGGCCUAAGCUGGGAGGCGGCAGGACAUGGAGGAAGUGUGUUUGUGCCACUUAAGGAGACAUCGGUGGAAAGCCUCCUACGAACUACCACUCAUGCUCUGGCUAAGCUGCAGGUGCCCCGGGAGCAACUCUCUGAAGUUCUGGAGCAGAUCCACAGUGGUAGUUGUGGGGCCAUCUAUCGAACCAAGAUGUACACUGGGGACCCUGCUAAGCCAAAGAGUGUUGUCCUCAAGGCUUUGAAAGAACCGGCUGGUCUCCAUGAGGUGCAGGAUUUCUUAGGGCGAAUCCAAUUCUAUCAGCACCUGGGGAAGCAUGAGAACCUGGUGCAGCUGCAAGGCUGCUGCACAGAGGAGCUGCCGCUCUAUAUGCUGCUGGAGGAUGUGGCCCAAGGGGACCUGCUCAGCUUUCUCUGGACCUGUCGGCGGGAUGUGAUGACCAUGGAUGGCCUUCUCUAUGAUCUCACAGAAAAACAAGUAUAUCACAUCGGGAGGCAGGUCCUCCGGGCUUUGGAAUUUCUCCAGGAUAAGCAUCUGUUCCAUGGAGAUGUGGCAGCUAGGAAUAUCCUGAUCCAAAGUGAUCUUACUGCUAAGCUCUGUGGACUGGGCCUGGCUUACGAAGUCCAUGUCCGAGGGGCCAUCCCGGCUACUCACAUCGUACCUCUCAAGUGGCUCGCCCCAGAACGGCUUCUGCUGAGACCAGCUGGCAUCAAAGGAGACGUCUGGUCCUUUGGGAUCCUGCUUUAUGAGAUGGUGACUCUAGGGGCACCACCAUAUCCUGAAGUCCCUCCUACUGGCAUCCUACAACAUCUCCAAAGAAGGAAAAUAAUGAAGAGACCCACUAGCUGCACACAUACCAUGUAUGGUCUUAUGAAGUCCUGCUGGCGCUGGAGUGAGGAGAGCCGCCCCUCACUUAAAGAGCUACACUCACGCCUAGAAAUCGCCGCUCGAACUGCAAAUGACAAAGCUGUGUUGCAAGUACCCGAGUUGGUGGUGCCUGAACUGUAUGCAGCCGUGGCAGGUAUCAGCAUGGACAGCCUCUCCUACAACUACAGCGUCCUCUGAAGAUCCUGAGGAAAGAAACAUUUAUGAGUGAUCAUAUACUAUUGGAAUGGAUUCCUCCGAGAACAGAGAAUAGCUUUCUAGUGGGACAUAACGGGACAAAUAGGAUAUUCCCCUACACAUUUCCCUAGAUACCCAAAAUGAUGCCCGAUGAGGCUCUACACUCCAUAUACCCUGGAGACUGAGAAGUAUAGUUUCAUUACUGCUGUCUCAAUCCCGAAGACCCACGGUAGAUGUGGUGGAUAGUACCAUUGCAAAGAAAAUCUUAGAAAUCCACGUUUGUCUGGCAUUGCACAAAUAAGCUGGUCCUCCCACCACAGACUGGAUUCCUCUUGAAGCAUGCUUUCAUCUAGAUUAUAGAGUCCAGAGAAGUUGGGAGUCAACUGAGGGAACAGGGAGACGAAAAAGAAGUUGAGAAAGAAAAUCAAAAGGUUCUAUUUGCUCAGGAGUAUAGACGUGGACCAAGGUCAUCCUUCAAAGAGAAGGUAGAGGAAGGAGAUAAAGUUCUUCAGUCCGGGUCCGUUCAUGCAGGACUGGAGGAGGACCAUGAAGGAAAACUUCAGAGUUUCCUUUUGGGUAUAGAUAAGAGGUAGAUAGUCUCUUUUUAUCUAAUUAUGAGACAAGUGAACUCUGCUAGAACGACUUUUAACUAGAAGCUGGAGAGGUCCUUUCAUGAUUAAGAACAUUCAACAGCUAUUGUUCAUCAGGCUAGCUUCCUGGUCCCCAUAAAACUAGGGAGACUGAGCCUAGAGAGCCGAUUAGGCUGUGAUGAGUAUACAGGUAACCCUUGAACAACAUAGGUUUGAACUAUGUGGGUCCACUUAUCCAUGGAGUUUUUUUCUUGAUAAAUGCAGUGCAGGCCUGUAAAUGUAUUUUCUCUUCCUUAUGAUUUUUUUUCCUAGCUUAAUUUACUGUAAGAAUACAGAAUGUAAUAUAUAGAACAUAUAAAAUAUGUGUUGACUGUUUAUAUUUUUGGUAAGGCUUCUGGUCAACAGUGGCUAUUAGGAGUUAAGUUUUGGGGGAGUCAAAGUCAUAUGCAAAUUUCUGACUAUGCAGGGGUCGGCACACUUAAUCCCUGUGUUGUUCAAUGUACUAUGUACUAUGUGUGUAUUUAAUAAGUAGGAAAUGUGAAAGCCAAGCAAGAAUGCUUAGUAGUCCAGAAGGUCUUUAAAAGGGUUAGAAAAGGUUGUAAUCUGAGACAGAAGAAUGUAGUUUCUGAUUCAAUCAUUCAUUGAUGUACUGUGAAACUUUAUUUCAUUAAAUUAGUAUUUAUUGAGUAAAGUAGGAUUUUCUAGUAUACAGCUGCCAAAAUCUCUACAAUAGGGAGGAUAAAAGUAAAUAAAUGAAGUUAAUGUCAACAGAAAAAUUUAAGAGACAAUCUGCAUUGUCAGAAAAUUGGUUCCUUAGGUGUAAAAUGGGGAUAAUACCUACCUACCUCACAGGGUUGUUGAGGACUGAAUAAGAAUAUAUGUUUGUACAGUAUUGGGCUCAUAUGCGCUCAAUAAAUGGUAGUUUCCUUUCUUUUUGCCCUGCCUAUCCUAGAAUAUUUCAUAUCUUUUUCAUUUAAAAUCUACUGUAGCCAGAAAGAGAACCUCAGUCUGUCAGUCACACUACAAGGCAGGACAUACCGAAGGAUGGCAUGGUACAAGUGCCACAUGACUAAAAUAAUGAGCUCAUCACUUUUGUAUGAGCUUCUGGAUGAUGACAGUAGCCUUCCACAAUUUGAAAAUACUGAAAAUAUCAUGGUGAUGACAAUGUACUUGUACAUGUGAUCUAUGGUUUUACUUUAUUUUUCUUAUUUUCAGUUAGCCACUGUAUAGUAUGUCAUUAGUUUUUGAUGUAGUGUUCAAUGAUUCAUUAGUUAAGUAUAACUAACCCAGUGCUCAUCCCAGCACGAUCUAUGGUUUUAAAGAACACUCUGGGUGCUCUGGAAGGGACACCGAAGGCUGCUGUAGGAAAGAUGACUGGCAGUUGACAAUUUUGUAGAAGUUGGAAUCCGAAUGAGGUCAUGAUUAGUCAUCUAACUGAAUAAUGAUUCUUGCACUGGUAGGAGCACCACAUGACUAGUAAGGAUUUAAGGGGGUGUUAAGUUGCAAUAGGGAGAAGGGAGGUAGAGUGGCUUGGCACAAAAUGAUAAAGUCCUAUGGAAUCUCAUUGUUGUUGCUUGUCUGUUCAUGUAAGUCAAAUUUACAAAAUAUUUAUGUAUUCAAAUAUUUUUAAAAAAGGUGAGUGUUAGGGCCAGCUAUGCCAGGCACUGUUCCAGGUGUUGGAUAAAACAGAGAGCUUUUGGUUACAGUCUAGAAAGUAAGAGACUUUAUGUAUAUGUUUGUGGGUAUAAUUACAAAUUGUGGUAAGUGCUAUGAAGAAAAACUACAGGAUAGUAGAAAGGAAUGUAAAAUGAGGACCUCCCUGAAGAAAUGGCAUUUAAACUCAGACCUUUUUUCUUUUUCUAAAGAUUUUAUUUAUUUAUUUGACAGAGAGACACAGCGAGAGAAGGAACACAAGGGGGAGUGGGGAGAGGGAGAAGCAGGCUUCCGCUGAACAGGGAGCCCGACCUGGGAUCAUGACCUGAGCCACCCAGGUACCCCUAAACUCAGACCUUAUGGGUAGGUAAGCAAACCUGACAAAGAGUGAGAAGAAGAGCCAUCCGGGAGAGGGGAGUCGGGCUAUAUGUGUGAAAACUCUGGGGCAAGGAAAAAGGCAUAAAUUGUUUGAGAAACUGCAAGUAGGCAAGUGGAUGGCGGCAUAGUGAGGUUAGGAGGAAAUUGGUGCAUAAUUAAUCAGAGCAUUGCUCUUUCACACUGUAUGUUAAUAGUUGUUUUGGUAGGAGGGAAAGCAGCAGACAAUUGCUAUUUAAAAUUUUUACCCUUAAUUUUAUUUGUUUUUCUGGAUAUAGGUUUAGAAAAAUGGAUACAGUGAUUAUUUAUUCUAAGAAAACUGGGUCUUUCCCAUUACUUGGCCAGGGUUUCUCCAAAAGGGGGAUUAUAUUUUUGGUAUUUUAACUGGUCAGACAAACCAGGUAUUUCUGAGCUAAUGAGUGGAAAAGAGAAUAAAAAUAUUUACCAUUCAAUUAAGUUUAAUCUGGGCUAGGAUUUGUUUUAUUGUUUUGAUUCCACCCUCCCCGGAUCUUGUUUUUCCAAUUUAUGCUUUAUUGUUUAAAAAAGCCUCUAACAUAGCUAGGAACUGAGCAAACAUGCACCUGGAUACAGUGUCUAACUGAAAGUUGAAAAUGUAGUUUAACUUAGAAUAGCCUGAACCAGUAGUUUCAAAUCAUACUAAUGUUUUUCAUGGUAGAUUUAGGUGUUUUGUUAUUAAAAUUGAAUAAUUUUUUCACUUUUUAAAAAAAAUAUUUUAUUUAUUCAUUCGAGACACA